AGGGCCACGGGGCCAAACUGUAAACCCUGGGUAGGAUGGGGACCCACCCGGCAGGCCCGGGGGGAGGGGCGGCCCCCCGGCCCCGGCCCCCCGGGUGCCCUGUAUCGGGGGGCUCAGGGCAGCCGAGGAGUGUCCCCGACACAAAGCGCCACCCGCCCGUGGGGCGAACUGGGCCCCUGGCUGGCUUCCCAGCUGGGGAGGCCUGGGCUGAGUGGGAGCGAGGUGGGAGGGCUGGGGCUCCUGGCUCUGGGGUGCAGCACAUUGGUUGUGGUGUCUGAGUGUGUGUGGGGACAGCCAGGGCUCCGCUACCCGUCUUGCCCCAUUGGGAGCGGCCUUUAGCCCUGUCACGCUAGCUCCUUCCACCCCUGAAAUAGCCAUUUCCCCAACCCCCUUCUUCCCCCCCAAAAUCGUGUUACCACUGAGAGCAGAUGCCACCCAGGGAAAACCAGGCGGCUCCGGAUUUCCACACUGAAUAAUCUUCCAGGGCCCCAUCGCGCCAGGCGCUGCACAGACAGGCCAUGCCCCGAAGAGCUUGCAGUCUAAACAGACAAAAGGUGGGGAAGGGAAACUGAGGCAUAGAGCAGGCCAUGUGACUUGCUCAAGGUCAUCAGCAGAGCUGGGAAUAGAACCCAGGUGUCCUGAGUCCUAGCCACGCUGUCUGUCUGCAAGACCCUGGUGCUGUUUUGCAGAAAAGGGUAUCUCUCACCGAAACCUGCAGAACUCACUAGCUUUGGGAGCGGCCAGGGGCUGCAGGGUGGGCGUGCUGCUGAGACAGCAGGGAUCUUUUGGGGUAGGCUGGGGAAACCCUCUGUGCUGUGAGGUGACCCUUCCCUGCUCAGCCCAGCUGCCUGGGCACUGGGGCCUCCCCUCAGAAACACUUGGGUUCUGUGGUUCAACAGCCAGCGAAUCCUGGAGAUCAGAGGAAUUUUGAAAGGGGGACCCCAGAGUCUAAGGGAUGGAGUGAGGAGGAGGCAUUCAGAGAGCAGGUCCCCUCAAGAGGCUGAACAGAGGCUUUUCCACCCAGUCACCCCAAAUCACCUGGCUGCUUUGUUUUGAGGCCCUGCAGGUCUGCUUUUCGGGGGGCUCCAGGGUGAGGUGCCAGGAUGGAGAUGGGUGAGCAGGUGCUGCACAUCCUGGAGGAUCUGAGAGAGGAGGAGUUCAAGAAGUUCAAGUUUUACCUGCCCCAUGGGGGCACGGCUCCCCGCAUACGCCGCGGGAAGCUGGACGGCGCCUCCCGCAUCCAGGUGGCUGAGCUGCUGAUGCAGACAUACCCCCAGGAAGCGCUAGACAUCACCAACCAGGUGCUGUGCAAUAUCCCAAGGCUGGACCUGGUCCAGGGCCACCAGCUCCAGACAGGAGGAGAUGCUGGGAACAGUGGCAAUGACGCAAAUCGCAGUGAGGCUGUGAAUAGCAGCGCCAGGGCAAGUGAGCCGCAGGCCUACGAGAGGCAGAGUCUGGUUUCAGAGCAGCAGCUGAUGCAGCUGGCAGGGAAAAUGGGCAAGUCCUGGAAGCAGAUCGGCAUCGAGUUUCUGGGCCUGGAGAAUCACUGUCUGGAGCAGAUUGAGGAGAACAAUCCCGGCAACACCAAACUGCGAGCUUUCAGCAUGUUCUUGGAGUGGAGGAAACGAGCGAGGCAGGAGGCCACUGUCAUCUGCCUUCUCUCCAUCCUCUCCCAGGACGGGGUGCCCCUUCAGCCUGAGGACCUCGACUGUCUCCGGGACACAGGCAGGGCCUAAGGAGAUCUGGAGGGCUUAGUCCAGGGCAGCGGUUCUCAACCAAGGGUCCAUGAGCAGGGCCAGUGUUAGCCACUCUGGGGCCCAGGGCAGGAAGCCGAAGCCCUGCUGUGCAGGGCUGAAGCCUGGGGCCCUGAGCCCCGCCUCCGGGGCUGAAGCCGAAGUCUGAGCAAUGUAGGUUGGUGUGGGACCCUAGGAAGUUGCCCUGCUUGCUACCUUCUAAUGCCAGCCUUGGCUUUUAUAUGCAGAAAAACAGUUGUGGCCCUGGUGGGCCAUGGAGUUUUUAUAACAUAGGGGGGGUGGGGGGGCACUCAGAAAGAAAAAGGUUGAGAACCCCUGGUCCAGGGGAUGGAGUGGCCUUGACAGUGGUGCUUUAGUUUUGGGGUGUCUGAUUUAAGACCCCCCAGGGCCUGGCUUGCAGAGAGGCCGAGCACCCACCACUCCCAUUGAUCUUAGCUGGAGUGGAGGGUGCUCGGAAACCAGGCCAUGGGUGGCACCGAGGAAUCAGUGGCCACUUUGGAAAAUGCUGGCCUCUGUCCUGCCCCAUGCCUCAGUUUACCUACAUGUGCAGUGGGGAAAACAUGGCCAGAUUCUCCAAAGAGCUCAGUGUCUAGCAGCUCCCAUUACUUUACCCCAGCCAGGGAGGCCCUUGAGGCGGGGGGUUGAUCAGGGUGCCAGAUGUACCUCCUUUAAAGCCACUUUCACUGCCAGCAGCCUCAAGUGCCACUGAGUCAGGCCCAGAUAUGUGUCUGGCUGCUUCCCCCAUCCAGCCUGCCACCAAUUGCUAGCUGGGGUGGGUCAGUCCAAGCAGGGGGCCCAGGAUAGCCCCAGGGAAUGGAUCCAGGAGUGGGGGCAGAUGGAGGGGGAGGAGACACCUGUGAUCUGGGACAGCUAUAAAGUGGGAGACCCUUUGCCCACUCACAGGCACAUCACUUGAAGAAGAACCUGGGGGAUCCACUCCCCCGAUCUCUCCUUGGGUCUCAUCUAGGCAGCUCUUUUUUUUAAAGACCGUUUUUACCAAGAAGCACAAUUGAAGCCUUUUUAUACUUGCAAAGAAAUAAACUUUCUCAAAGCCAGCACAGCUCAGGCCCUGCUUCUCACUGAUUAUAAUCACAGCACAACCCCACGUGGUUGGAUUUCAUCCCAGCCCCGAUGCAGAGCCCUGCAAGAGGGGCAGGAAGCUGUCUUGCUCUGGGGCCACUUGGCUCCGCUGCUAGCCAGGACAGACUAAUAAUAGCUAGAGCUCUGCAGCGGGACUGGGAUCCCACAGGACCCACUGUCAUCACAGCGGGAGCAGGUAAAAUGUACUUUGUUGCAGAUGGGAUUGGGUGGGCAAAAAAACAGACUGCGGUAAUUUGCGGGAAAACAAAAUGCAAGUUUAGCUGCACCUGCUGUUCAAAUUGACCACCUUAUCGAUCACUUAGCUUGAGCCUUCUUUAAAAAUUUCUUUCUAUCAAAAACCUAGAGCGGUGAACAGUAUUGCCGCUAAAUGUUUUUCAGAAAGCAAGAGUAAUCCUGAUCUAUACGUAACUUGAAUGGUUUGUUUCAAAUUUCCCAAACCGGUGCUAGCACGGUGUAAAACAUUCCAGUUUCUUUAAACAACUUUUUAUCAUUAAAAAAAAAUCUGCAUCUUUUAA